CAAUUCGUUAUGUCAAUCAUAUUAUCAUAGUGUUAAUGUUUAAACAAAAUUCUUUUUCGGAUUAAAGUUUUAAAAUUUCUAAAUAAUAUUAAAGACUGAUAUAUAUACAGAUACUAUACCCAGUAUAAAAAAUACAGUCCAAUCAAGUUAGAGUUCCUUUAUUGAAAUCGAUUGAAAACAAAAAAAUAAAUGAUAGUUUUUUUAUGUUUAUAUUUUCAUAACUGUUGAAAUGGCUCAAGAACUAAAAGAAUUGUGCCAUUUAUUGUUUCCUGAUAAUACAACAGAACAGCUCGAAAAUUUUGGAGAAAUCACUGAUUAUAUAAAAAAAUUAGGUUCUCAGAACUGGGAGCACAUUCGCAAGGAACCAGAAAGGUUAACUGAAGAAAUGAAACAGUUAACAGAGCAAACACAGGAACUUGCUUUUACUAAUUACAAAACUUUUGUUGAGACAGCAGAGAUAUCAAAAACAAUUAUGAAAGAUCUAGGAAAAUCAAAAGAGUCAUUGGACUUAUUUUUAAGUACAACACCUAGUUUUUUGCAAGAAUGUGAAGGUUUUUCACAGAUGGUAGGAAAUAUUGUUAAAGAGAAAAGCCAGUACAGUGGUAUUCGUAACCAAGUAGAUAAAAUGUUGGAACUCCUAGAACUGCCAUCUCUUAUGCGAGAAGCUCUCAAUGCUGAAGACUAUGAGAGUGCAUUGGACAUAUUUACUUUUGUUCGCAAUUUAUCUAAAAGAUACUCUGAGAUACCCAUUGUACAAAAUACAACUUCAGAGAUAAUGACACUAUGGUUUGAAACUUUAUAUCACUUAUUUAAUCAACUUCGUUAUGACUUACCUUUACCUCAAUGUUUGCAAAUUUUAGGUUAUCUUCGCAGAGCAAAUACAGUAUACAGAGCAACAGAUGAUGAGGAAAAUGGGUUACAGUAUGUAGCAGGGAAUAAAAAUAAUAUAUUUACGUCUGAUGGAUUACAUUUACAUUUUUUAAAGGCAAGAAAUGCAUGGUUUGAUAAAGCUUUGGAGGAUGCAAAGAGUACAGAAUCACCUGAGAAAUUAUUGAGAAAAAUAGUGGAAUUGCAUAGAAUCCACCUUUUCAAUGUAUUGACUCAGCAUAAAUCAAUAUUUCUAUCAGAUACGCAAGAUUCUAAAAUAAAAGAUGAAGAGUUAAAUGGAACAAGUGCACUGUCAUGUUGGCUGAAAGAAAAGGUAGAAACCUUGGCCCAAAUGUUGAACCAAGAUUUGUUGAGAGAGGAUGAAUCGAGCUUUGAGUCCUUAUUAAAUCAAUGCAUGUUUUUGUGUUUAUCAUUUGGAAGAGUAGGUGCUGACAUGAGAUGUGUAUUAACACCUUUAUUCCGCAAUAAUAUUUUGCUGCAACUACACAGUGGCUUGGAAAGAGCUGUUAAUCAAUUAGAUAAGCAAAUGCGGUCGUAUAAGGUAUCCAGUAUAAAGAAUGUACAAAGACCUGUAAAUGAGAACAUGGCACCUGGACCACCAGAGAACCUACUUGACUAUUAUCCUUUAGCAGAGUAUUGUAAUGGACUGUUAACAGUUUUGAAUUCACUAAGAAUCACUGCCCCAUUAAAUAUCGUUAAAGAAGUAUAUACUGGUUUCAGAAAAUCACUAGAGAAAGCAGUUCAGAUUUUAUUAGCAUUUUAUCAUAAGGAACAACAGAGUUUUACAGACAUAGAGAGACAAAACUUUGUUUUAUUCUGUGUGUGUUUUUGUGAAGACUUAGUGCCUUACAUCAUUAAAUGUUUGGCGCAGUCUUUUCCAUCCACACAGAUUGCAGAGUUGUUAGGAAUCACGUUGACCGUUUUGCAAGAAAGUAAAAUUCUUUAUAUAGACCAGAUGGCCAUCUGUGAGCGACUAAAUGGUAUAAUAGGAGCACCAAUCAGUUAGUUAAUUUAUAUCCAUGUUUUAAUAAUUCUACAUUGUAUUGUCUCUAUGCAUAAUUAUACUAUAUGGAAUUGGCUUCAAAUUGGAUGUAUUUAUAAACCAAUUGUUUUGUUUAUGGAUUUUUUUAUUAAAUUUAAUAAUUGUAUUGUU